UACGCCAUUCCAAGAGAGAGCAAAAAGACCAGAAAACCGAUUCUUCUUCGUUUUCGUCUUCGUCUCCUCUCCACAAUAACCAGUCGAAAUAUCCAAAACAAUGCAAAUAAAGGGAAAAAGCUGAGGUUUUUGAAGAUUUCAGCUUAGAUUUUCCCUUUUUUUUGGUGAUUUUAGUUCCUCCCUCCACUUUUUUUUUUACUGGUAGUUCCCAAAAUGGAGAAUCAAGAGGUUUCUUGUGGUGGUGAUGUUGAGCUGCCACUGAACCACACAGGAGAUGAGGAAGAUUUUAGAAGCUGCUGUGGUGAUGAAGAAGUCUGGUUAAAAGAAAGUGAUGAUAAUACAGCUAUUAUAGUAGCAGAGGAGAAGGAGGAGGAGAAAAAAGAUGAACUUGAUGAUGAGUUCUCUGUUAAGAUGUUCUUCAAAGGAGUUUCUCUAUCCGAAAGAGGAGAUUCGAGUUCUGGUUAUUCAGGAAUUGGUGUUGUGUUGGAGAGAUCAGGAGGUUUUGAGUUGAUUCAGGUGCAGAAGAAGCUGGAGUUUUAUGCUGAGGAGUCUGUAGCUAACUAUCUGGCUUUGCUCGAUGGUCUUACAGUAGCUUUGCAGAACAAUCUCUGUUCUUUGGUUGCUGUAACAGACUCAGAGUUGCUCUAUAAUCAGAUAACUUGUGAGGAGAAGCUAGAAACCCCUCUUUUAGUAGCUUUAAGAGAAAGGGUGUUAGAGAAAACAAGUGACCUUGACGGGUUUGUUCUAAAGCUAGCUCCUUUCUCUGAUCUUGACCAAGCACUAACCUUGGCUCAAGUAGCGGUAGGAAUCGUGUCGUGUAACCUCGAUGUGGAUAAACCAGCUGAGAACUGCUCCAUCUGCUGUGAAGACCGUCUCUCCGAGAUGAUGCUAACAUUGAAAUGCACUCACAAGUUCUGUUCUCACUGCAUGAAAACAUACGUCGAAGGGAAAGUAAACUCUUCAGAAGUUCCCAUCAGGUGUCCUCACCUGCAAUGCAAGCACUAUCUCUCAUCCGCAGAAUGCAAAACCUUUCUUCCCGUCGCAUCUUUCAACUCAUUCGAGGAAGCGAACAUGCGUAGCACCAACAACGGCAAGGUCUACUGUCCGUAUCCCAACUGUUCUUUUCUGUUAGACCCGCGCGAGUGUCUGUCACCGGGAAGUGCAAGCUCAAGCUCGUCUAGUCUUUCAGAGAAUAUAUGUUGUGUGAAGUGUCCACUGUGUGAGAGGUUUGUGUGUGUGGACUGUGGUGUUCCUUGGCAUGAUUCUAUGAGCUGUGAAGAGUUUCAGAUUCUUCCGGUUGAUGAAAGAUAUCCAGAUGAUAUUACGUUGCAUCGCUUGGCUAGGUAUAAGAGGUGGAAACGGUGUCAGCAAUGCCGUAUAAUGAUCGAGCUUGCUCAAGGCUGUAACCACAUGACUUGUCGAUGUGGGCAUGAGUUUUGCUACUGUUGUGGAGCAGAGUACAGAGAAGGGCAACAGACUUGCACAUGCGCUUUUUGGGACGAUGAGGAAGAAGAUGAAGAUAACUCAGAGUCUGAGAACACAAUCCAAGAACUUGAGCAAUGGCCUUGGGACACAUUCAGCUCAAUUCCAACGGUAAUGGAUGCAUACUCUGAGCAAGAAAGAUCUCAGCUUGCUCUGAUCCAACGGUUCUUAGCGGGUGGAGGGUUUAGUCUCAGUGAUCACCAUACUACUUAUCAGUCGCCACCACCUCCUCCUCCUCCUCCAUGUACUACAGAGUCAUCGUAUGUUGAAGCAGCCAUGAAAGAUCUUCACCAGCUUCCUUGGCUUGAGAGAUUUGUGGCGGUUAUAAGUGAUGAUUACUAUGAAGAGUUUAGUAGCCAGUGAAAGGUGGAGAGAGGCUUAACGAGAGAGUCUCUUGCUCUCUGAAGAAAUUGUUGGGAUUUUAGAUUCUUGAUUGAACUCAAAAGAUUGAAACUAUUUGCUUCAACUAUAUAUAUAAAAAAGAACAUUUUAAGUGGUA